ACGAUAUCUUGACGCUUUCGAUCAUUGUAUCAGACGGAUGAAUUCGAUCAUCGACGAUGGCAGAAGAUGCACCAAAACCAUUGACGGCGUUGCCGUUCCCACCGGUGACGGCGUCACACAUUCUGCACUGCUCAUAUCAUUCAUGGCACCCUCGCUUCCGAUCUCUCACGCCGAAGGCGCGGCUCGUACCGCUCACACAGCCUUUCCUGGAGUACCUGAGGGCCGAUGGGAUCAUCCUGCCUCCCGAAAACUCCCCCAACGACCAAGACAGCGGGUUUCAAGAUGAGGACGACGAAGAAGAUCCCUCGGAAUCGUGGUCCGACGUCCACGAGCGAGUUCGCUCCACGAUUGCCGAACUGGGGGGCAAAGUCGUGCCGAAGCUGAACUGGUCCGCUCCGAAGGACGCGACCUGGAUCGCACCCACCAACGACCUGGAAUGUCGGACGCCCAACGACGUCUACCUCCUCCUCAAGUCCAGCGACUUCGUCACCCACGACCUCGAGCAUGCCUUUGACGGCUGCGUGGACCAGGCCGACGUGCCUUACCACCUUGUCCUUCGGAAAUCGUUCAACCUCAACCCGUCGUUGGAGUUUAGGUGCUUUGUGCGGAACCGCAAACUCAUCGCCGUCAGCCAGCGCGAGAUGAACCACUUUGAGUUUCUCUUCGAGCUGCGGAGCACGUUCAAGAGCCAGAUCCAGGACUUUCUCGACUGUCUCGCCGACUUCCCGGACGACAACUUCGUCUUUGACGUCUACAUCCCUCCCCCGCACGAACGAGUCUGGCUGGUCGACAUCAACCCUUGGGCCCCCCGGACUGAUCCGUUGUUGUUCUCUUGGCUGGAGAUCCUGUCCAUUCCGGAACCCGAACCGGACACCGUUUUCGACCCAGAGUUUCGUCUCGUGCAGCGUGACGACCCCGAGGCGUACCAGUUCGCGGCGACCAAGUACAGCGCGCACAAGCUACCCAAAGAAGUCGUGGACGCGAGCAUGGCGCCCGGUGACAUGACGAAGAUGAUGGAGGAGUGGAAGAAGAUUAUGGAAAAGCAAGUCGAGCAAGACUCGGACGAUGAGCAGGAGAGCUGAAGCUAGAAGGUACCAUGAUACUUGUCAGCCUUGAUGACACGGUGAUUUGCCAUGGCCGAUCGAAUUCAGCAUCAGCAGCACCAGGACAUCACUCGAGCGAAUAUGGCGCAAAGUGCACGGGACUGUAAGCGCAGAAUUACACGCCGAUUGAAAAGUCUACCCAGGAUCAAUCAAAGGAAAAAAACAGACGAUUGGUCAAAGUCACAAUUGAUCGAGGGCAUUCCACACGGUGAUGCUAGAGACGCCUUGAUCGACCUCGGACGAAAGCCCCGCGCUGACGAGAAGACCUUGAGUGGUUCUCCCUGGAUCUGAUUUUUCAAGGCCGGAACGUCGGGCAAUCAAUGGUGUGGAUAAGAACCUGAUUGGGCGAGUUUUGAAUGCGAGUCUCUCUAGGGUGUGCCAAUGGGCGCAGAAACACGAUCAGUGGAUGGGAAGCUGAUUGGGCGGGUUCGGAGAGAGAGUGUUGUGGCUAGGUUCUUUUGUGGUCGCAGAUAUACGGACUAUGAAAGAGACCAUCCUAUCGUAGAAAACCAAGGCGCCUCGGACCCGAUGUGUAUGUAGCCUUGUGAGUGACUCACCCUGGCUCAGCGCCCAUCUUUGAAACCAGAGGGUGCAAGGAUUAGGCGGGUUGAUACGAGCCAUGUAGCACAAGGAGCGUCGAUUUCCGUCUUGUGCACGACGUGGGCUGCUCUACUCAGUAUGGGUACGAGCAUUCGAGUCCGCUGCGUCCAGUAGACAAAGUCCACGACAUACAAAGAGACUGGAUACGAAGGAACGGGGUUGGAUUUGUGUGACCCUCGCCCUAAUCUCGCUACUUGACAUCAGCCACUCGCAAAAGACACACAUGCUCCGACGGUUGGAGAUGGAUACUUCCCUAGAGAGAUAAGCGAUAUAUCUGUGUUUCAAGUCACGCGCCAUGGUCCCUCUCCUCAAAAGGACAUUUGGUUCGUAUUGUGAGGCUCCGGGGAACAUUUGGCCCCUCUGUAUCACGUGGACGGCCACGGGAUGGUCAUUGAUGGCGGACCCCGCCAUGGACGGAAUCCAGCGACACUACGACUUGAGAACAUUUUGGUUCUCGAAAGACAUCACGCGCCGCCCUUUUCACCACGGACAUCAAGUGUCGCUUUGGGUUCGCCCCGUUCCCCCCGAUGCCCGUGUGUUACACAAACCAACCUCAGAGGAUGUCAUGCCGUCUCUCGAGUCGUGGCUUGUCAAUGGCAGGCCAAUGUUGAUGUUGAUCGACUCGAGGUACUGCGACGGAUGUACUAGCCCACCCCCCGCCUCUCUCCUCGUCGACGCAUUUCCCAUGCCGCACAUCAUCCGACUGCAAUCGAGCCUCCCGCCUUUUAUGACGAAGCCUGGGUAGACAAUCGCUGUUCCAGAGUCUCCGGGACCACCUCCUCCCUGGCCCCCCUGCUACCUUGCCCCCGCUACGUUGCCUGUGAUGCCCAAAGUCGUAUGGGCCAGGCAACCUUUUUGUUCCCUUUUUGCUCCACCGUCGAAGCGUCCUCCCGGGUAUUUCUGCUCUACGGGCCGCUCUUGCGCGGAAACUUCCAGCCAGUCGGCGCGCUACACCACUUCUGAAGGUGAGCAGCUUUCCAAAUGGCCCUACAAGCGUCGGGGCUCAUCAUCUUCCUUUCGCGUGCAUGCCUGCUUGCCCUGGUGAGAAAUAGUCUGGCCAUUGACGAGAAAGUGCUCACUUGUGCUCAGGAGCCAUAGCGAGUCCUGGAUGCUCCGCUGCCACUGCUGCUCCGGGUGCCUUGCAUUGGCGCGGGCAAGGAUAGACGCACUGGCACCUGGGAGGAAGCGCUAAAAAAGAGCAACUCGCCAAAUGUAGAGCGACAUACAAAGCGCAAAAGUUGUUAGCUUGUUUCGAAAGUGACACAGACUUUUGCGUUGGCUUUCUGCGACACACAAGUCGUUCACCGUCUUUGGGUACAAAAGGUCCAAGGUAUCUUGGGUCCGCCCGUCGGUUUUUUGGUUCCUCACCACCACCUCUACCCGACCCUGAUCUCAACAUCGACUCCUGCUUGGCCGCCGUCCGAGCACGAAAUUUUCCCAACCAGCCAAUAUCCGAGAUACACAAUUACCAGAGUGAAGUCAUAUAUGGCAAUCACGAAACCCAGGCGGGAAGAAGCGCCCCCCCUUCCAACAGGAGCUAUGCCCUCCAAGUCCAACAGGGGAACCGCCGCCAAAAGCAAGAGAAAGGCGGUCUUCAUAUGGUCUUGUGUCAGAGCCUCGACCUCAUUCUGUGACGGAAUUCGCAUGACUGACAGUUUUACAGUGCAAAGAUGGGAAAAGUGCCCUCAACAUCAAGGUCGAGAGCUGCCCUAAAUGUGGGCAUGCCCGCUGUAACAACUGCAAGCUGCAGAAGAUUACGCAGUAGAGCUGGCAGGAUGGCAUGCAUAGAAUGAAUGGAGCACCAGACUUGGCAUAGCCUGCCUGGGAUAGCAUUGGGUGGGGGUCCUGUUAGAAAUCAUCCUUACGGUGGAGGGAAUCAAUUUGUUUUGCAUUUCUGCGCGUUGGAAUACAUGAUGGUAUUGGUAUGCAAAGCGGAACAGUUUGAAGGAGGUGUUCACCCAAGAUCCAAAGGGCAGAGCAUCGUCGAUACGAGACAACUCGGAGGCAGGAUCAACGUGCGUGGAUGAGAAGGCGAAUGAAGCGAUUGAUGUUUUUGGAGCAGCUGUUGCCAUCCAGACUGCUGCUGUCCGCUGCGACACCAGUUCUCGUACUCCGUACUCUGUACCGCGUACGAACGCCUUCUUGAGUCACGUGAUGCUAGUGGUUGGGAAGCCGAUAUCGCGGGUUGCUUUGUUUCGGCGUCGGUCAACAAAGGAUCAGGAGAUUUCAGGAUUGCGGGAUACCUCUGUAUUAUUAUGAUAUUUCCUUGUAGAAGCCAGAACUAUCUCGGACGCA